GAUGGAGGGGAUUGGCUCGUUACUCACCGCCCAUUCUCUGUUCCUAUUGGCUGACGAUGACAGUUGUCACAACGGAGGGGCGUGACUUGCCCAGCGCGCGUGGAGUGAGUCUGUGUCCAAGAUGGCGUCAGCGGGCAGCGGGGGAGGCCGGGUGUCUAGCGGUCGGGAUCUCAACUGUAUCCCUGAGGUGGCGGAGACCCUGGGGGCUGUGGCUAAACAGGGCUUUGACUUCCUGUGCAUGCCAAUAUUCCAUCCACGCUUUAAGAGAGAGUUCCAUCAGGAGCCCGCUAAGUCUCGACCUGGACCACAGACUCGCUCAGAUUUACUCCUUUCCGGACGAGACUGGAACUCGCUUAUUGUAGGGAAGCUCUCAGAAUGGAUAAAAGCCGAUUCAGAAAUACCAUCAAUCCGCAAAACAUCAGAAGUGGCUCUGCUACAGGAGUUAAACUUCUCGGCUUAUCUCGGCCUUCCUGCUUUUCUGAUUCCGAUUACCCAAGAGGGAAACAGCAACCUGGCUCGGCUGCUCCUAAAUCACAUUCACACAGGCCACCAUUCCACAAUGUUCUGGAUGAGAGUGCCGCUAAUGGCUUCUAAUGACCUGCGAGAAGACCUCAUAGAGAAUGAGCCUGCUCAGAAUUGUGAUGGUGAAGAGAGCAUUGGAGAAGAAAGGACAUGGAUAUGGUGGCAUAAUUUCAGGACGCUUUGUGAUUACAACAAGAAAAUUGCUUUGGCUAUUGAGGUGGGUGCCGAUCUGCCAGGUAGUAACGUGAUAGACCGGUGGUUGGGUGAACCCAUCAAGGCAGCUAUACUUCCAACCAGCAUAUUCCUCACUAACAAGAAAGGAUUCCCCGUCCUGUCCAAAUUACACCAGCGACUCAUCUUCCGACUGUUUAAGCUGGAGGUGCAGUUUGUGAUCUCUGGGGCACACCAUCACUCCGAGAAAGAUUUCUGUUCCUACUUGCAAUAUUUAGAGUAUUUAAGUCAGAAUCGCCCUCCGCCAAAUUCUUAUGAGAUGUUUGCUAAAGGUUAUGAGGAUUAUUUACAGUCACCCCUGCAGCCUUUGAUGGAUAACUUAGAAUCCCAAACCUAUGAAGUUUUUGAGAAGGAUCCAGUUAAAUAUUCCCAAUACCAGCAGGCAGUGUAUAAAUGUUUGCUAGACAGAGUUCCAGAGGAAGAAAAGGAAACUAACACACAGGUUUUAAUGGUUCUCGGAGCAGGCCGGGGUCCUUUGGUUAAUGCAUCAAUUCGAGCUGCCAAGCAAGCAGACCGAUUGAUUAAAAUAUACGCAGUGGAGAAAAAUCCUAAUGCUGUUAUUACGUUGGAAGGCUGGCGUUAUGAAGAAUGGGGUAGUCAGGUGACUGUGGUGUCCAGUGAUAUGAGAGAAUGGAAUCCUCCUGAGAAAGCAGAUAUUAUUGUUAGCGAGCUCUUAGGAUCUUUUGGAGACAAUGAACUGUCCCCUGAAUGUCUGGAUGGAGCCCAGCACUUUCUUAAAGAGGAUGGUGUUAGUAUUCCAGGGGAGUAUACUUCUUACUUAGCCCCAAUAUCCUCCUCCAAACUUUACAAUGAGGUGAGAGCAUGCAGAGAAAAGGACAGAGAUCCAGAGGCUCAGUUUGAGAUGCCGUAUGUUGUAAGACUGCACAACUUCCAUCAACUCUCAGAUCCCUUACGGUGUUUCACUUUUCAACAUCCAAAUAAAGAUCCUGUGAUUGACAACAAUCGUUACUGCUGCUUGAAAUACAACAUAAAGCUUAAUACUGUUCUGCAUGGAUUUGCAGGAUACUUCUAUACCGUGCUCUAUAAGGAUGUUACUCUAAGUAUUUGCCCUGAGACACAUUCUCCAGGAAUGUUUUCUUGGUUUCCUAUUCUCUUUCCUAUAAAGCAACCUAUUCCUGUGCAGGAGGGAGAUACUGUGUGUGUACAGUUCUGGCGUUGUAACAAUGGCAAGAAAGUCUGGUACGAGUGGGCUGUGACAUCUCCCAUCUGCUCUGCAAUACACAAUCCCACUGGUCGCUCCUACACCAUUGGACUGUGAGCCUCAUGCAAGACUUCUACUAUGGCUGAUGAUCCCUGUUGGUAGCAGACUGUUUAAUACAUACAUUGUCAUGGAUAGACUGAUGCUCCAAAAUGUUCUGCGUUAUAGAACCUACGAGAAAUCUUCAGUAAAAAUGUAGAUGGUUCCCCCUUAGUUCUUUUUUUAUGUGACAAUAAACCUGAAAUUAGUAAAUGUUUAGUUUAUUU